AUGUUAAGAUAUGCUGUUAAGGAUAAAUGGGUUCCUUCUAGAGCAACUUUGUUAAAAGGAAUCCCAUUGACUAGAAGAUUUUCUACUUUCCAAUUGACGAAAUUGGAUAACGGUAUUACAGUAGGCACGUCCAGUGUUCCGGGACAUUUUACUGCUCUUGGAUUAUAUGUUAAAGCAGGAUCCAGAUAUGAAUUGCCUGCAGAAUUGAAAGGUUGUUCGCAUAUGAUGGAUAGAUUAGCUUUUAAAUCGACAUUAAAUAUACCAGGGAGAACUAUGGCAGAGACCCUAGAAUUGUUGGGUGGUAAUUAUCAAUCUACCUCUUCCAGAGAGACUAUAAUGUAUCAGGCUUCCGUGUUUAAUUCCGAUGUAGAAAAAAUGUUACAAUUGAUGUCUGAAACUGUAAGAUACCCUCAGUUAAGCACACAAGAGAUUAAAGAAACAAAGGAUUCAAUGCAAUACGAAAUAGAUGAAGCUUGGUUGAAACCAGAAAUAAUUUUACCAGAGUUGUUGCAUACUACUGCUUAUUCAGGGCAAACUUUGGGUAGUCCUCUCCUAUGUCCAAGGGAAAUAUUACCUUCCAUAAAUAAAGACCAAUUGAAUACAUACCGUAACCAGUUUUAUCAGCCAGAGAAUCUUGUAUCCACAUUUAUCGGGGUACCACAUGACAUGGCCGUAGAUUUAGUACAAAAACAUUUAGGUUCUUGGAAAUCCACAAAACUUAACUCAAAGAAUGAAUACAAUAAACCCGCUCACUACACUGGUGGUGAAACGUGUAUUCCAGAAGCUCCAACUUUUGGAACCAUGCCUGAAUUAUAUCAUGUACAGAUAGCUUUUGAAGGUUUGCCUAUAGACCAUCCCGAUAUUUAUGCUUUGGCAACGUUACAAACUUUACUUGGUGGUGGUGGUUCCUUUAGUGCAGGUGGUCCAGGGAAAGGAAUGUAUUCAAGAAAUUACACACAUGUCCUAAAUCAAUACUAUUUUAUUGAGAACUGUCAAUCAUUUAAUCACUCUUAUUCUGAUUCUGGGUUGUUUGGUAUAUCUAUAUCGUGUGUUCCAGAGGCAGCAAGGCAGGCAGUAGAAAUUAUUGCUAUUCAAUUCUAUAAUCUGUUUGCUAAUGAACAUCUAUCUUUAACCCAAGAAGAAGUUAACAGAGCCAAAAAUCAAUUAAAAUCAUCAUUGUUAAUGAACUUGGAAUCUAAGUUGGUGGAAUUGGAAGAUAUGGGUAGACAAAUCCAAUUACAUAAUAAAAAGGUUCCAGUUCAAGAAAUGAUUAAUCAAAUAGAAAAAUUAACGCCUGAAGAUUUAAAACGUGUUGCAGAAAAAGUUUUCUUAGGCCAAAUAGAUAAUCCUGGUAAAGGUACUGGUAAACCAACAAUUGUCAUGCAAGGUAAAAGAGAAGCCUUUGGUGAUGUACAAGCAAUCUUGAAAGAAUAUGGGUUAGGGAAAUGA